GUGUCCAGGCAUCAUUCGCUCUUCAGCACUCCGCUCCGAAGUACGAAGCACUUGAAUCCGCAACGACCAUGUACAAGUUCGUCGCUCUCUUCGCUCUGCUGGCCUGCGCCGCGGCCGCACCUGAACCCGGCUACCUGGCCGCGCCCGCUCUUCACGCGGCGCCGGUCGUCGCCGCGGCACCCGCGCUAGCGGUCGCCCACACCGUCCCGGUCGCCACCAGCUACGCCAAUACCUACAAGGUGUCCGUCAAGAGUCCGCUCGUGGCAGCCCCUGUCGUUGCCGCCGCGCCGAUCCUCAAGGCCGCCCCGGUCGUUGCCGCCGCGCCGGUCUUCGCUCACGCUGCGCCAGUGGCCUACGCCGCCCACGCUCCCGUCGUCGCCAUUCACUGAGGGAUGUCAUCUCUAGCCAGUUUCCGCCCGUCUCUCUGACGAUGACCAGCGAAACAGCAUCCUCGUCGUCCACCUGCAGCGUGACGAUGAUGAUUUCGUCGAAAUGGACAGCUGACCGAACAUCCAACAUUGAUUCAUCAUUGAUCAGAUCCAUCAGAUUAAUCUUGUACCAGCCAGUCUGCACGAUCAAACGACCGAUCGCUAUGAUCAAUCAAUAAAAUUUUUGCCAUUUUUGCCUUUGUAAA